GGCCAGUGCACAUGCGCGCCGCGCAGAGGACGUUGUUAUCCUCUUAUCCUCAUUGACUCAAACACUCAUCAAUACUCUGCCGUGGAGUCGUGUUCUCACGCGUCCUUCAGGAGAAGAUGUCCCCCUAUGUCUUAUUCACGGCCCUCUUUGCCAUUCCCCUCGCUGGGGGUUUGGUCAUACCAGCGGAAAAAGAAGAAGUCCAGGGGGUUUGUGCUGGGAAGGAAUUUCAUCUGCCGGUGUACUCCACCUCCCGGACAGUGACAUUUACACCAGACCCUGAGGGACCGAGACGUGUCCUCCUGGAAAAAACCAUGGUAAAAGACCCUCGGUUUGAAUGGACCAGAGACAAGAUGUUGGUACUGAAAGAAGUGUCUCACAGGGAUCAGGGACUGUAUGCCAUCAAACUCUCCUCUGGAUUCACAGACGAGGCAGUUCGUCUGAUUGUUUCAGAAUGCAUUAAGUCCUACCGCAGAAACUACGGCGAGAACUUUGAGCACAACAUCCCUGAGAAUGGCUCCCUCCUGGAGUUCUCUCCCCGGGGUGCUCCGUCUGAGGCCAUGCCCAUCGUUCUCUGGAACCACACAGACCCCGGGACCGGCGAUCCGGGCCGGGGUCGACUGCUGCGAGGCGGGAAGGUCUGGGUGGCCAAGAGAGUGACGCAAGUGGACCAAGGCAACUACACUUUGAGAGACCCGCAGGGCAGGGUGCUGUCCCGCAGCACCCUCACCGUCCUCGGCCACUCAUUCAAUGUAACCCGCUUCAGCAAGGAGACUCUAAACCUGCCCCUCUUUCUCCCUGUUAAUCACACCCACCUCAAUUUCACCCCCACCCGAUACCCUAAUGAAUCCUCCAUGGGCCCUCUCGACCCAAAGCACCCCCGCAGACCUGUGCAGCUGAUCCGCAAGGGCCAAAUAUCCGACUACGACGUGCGCUACAGGGGCCUCAUCUCCCUGGGCAGAAAGGGUACCAUCAAUGAGGUAUUCAUAAGGAGGCUGAGCCCAAGGCAUGAUGGGCUGUAUGAAAUUAGAGAUGGAGAUGGCAACCUCGUGUCCUCCACCCUUUUAAAGGUGAUUGAAAAGGGAGACAUAUGGGAAGUAAUCCUUGGGGCACUCAAGGGCCUUUCUGGGAUGUUGGCAUCACUGGCUUGUUUAAUCAUGUUCAUUUCGCGCUUUCCAAAUUGGAACCGCACGCCAAGAGUUAACAUCCAGUGUGUGCAGGACUACAGUCAGACCAUCUCUGAGCCCUCAGGCUACUACAGUCCCUCUCAGCAGCCUGGAACACCUAGAGAAUGGACCCCGAGAGCGAGUCCUACUCACACUUUCCAGAGUUACACUCCGGUCAGAUCAGAAACUCAGAGAGCUGAGAACCAGGGAACACACAGUUUAACAGCGGAGAUCUCCCUGAGGUGUAUUUCAACCACUGAGAAGAAUGCAUCUAAUGAAGAAGCGAGGAGGAUUUCCUUCUCAGUGGCCGGGGCUUCAGAUUGCCUCCACUCGUCCGAGGACUGUGUUCAGUUCCAGAUCAAGACAGAUGGAGACAGAGAAAGGUGUAGCAAAGCAACACAAUACUUUUCCACAAUGCCGCUGGACACGAACACCUCGGAGUCCUGCAGCGUGUACACUUCAGAUAAACUGAACUUCUCAUAAAACAGAGAAUUGGAGCUGAACUGAACGAAGAAGAAACAUGAAGCAUUGACAACCAAUAGUUAUCUGGUGGAACAGAAAGAUCUCACGUGUGCCUUUUACAGCUUAGCCCAGUUUCCACGGGCUGGUUUCAAUGUUGCAUGUAAAUUAUUUAUUUAUUUCAUGUAAUUUUACCGAAGCAUGAGUGGAACUUUAGCCUUCAUGUCUUAUGUCAUCCAAAUCUUGCCACUGGUGCUCCUGAAAUCUCCUGCUGCUACCUACCUCCACACCCCUCAGGACCAUUCUUACCUGCCCUGUAUCUGCUGAGUGUGUGUAAACAUGUGGUAUGUUUGUGUGUGUAAUGUGAUCUCUAGGGCUAUGCAGGCAAUACAGUUAUGAUACACAGGUUAGCAAAAGGGAAUUUUUCAGAACUGUACAGUUAUUUAAGGAGUUUUAAACAUUACUCACUCUUGAUAACAAUCUGUUUUAAUGUUAAAUAUCUGUUCUGCAGACGGAUGGCGUCUACAAUAAUGUAGUGUAUUAACCCUCAAGGUAACGGUAGUAGUGGUUGUGUGAAAUGUAACAUGUUCCACCAAAUAGUUCAAUAGCUAGUUGAUCUGUGAAGUAUGUGAUAGGAAUACAAUAUCAUCACCACAUCUUUUUAGUCACUAAAGAGGUUGAACUGCUGAUUGAUAUAUUUUUUAUAAUAUUAACAUGUCAAACAAUAAACUGUAGCCUGUCUUUAACCCAAAUAUUUUCUAAUUAUUUUAAUCAAAUAUGAGGUUUGUUUUGACGAAUAGUUUUUAUUUUAUACAUUAGUUAUUAAUCUUAUUUGCUGUGGAUUUUUAUGAAUAUUUAGUGUGCAAAAGGAGGCUAUGUUUGUUGUUUGCUGAACUAAGCAAAAACUGAUCACAUUUUGGUGCGAAUCUGUGACAGGGGGCGUAUCCAGGUAUUUUUCUUACUUUCGUUGAUAUUGUGUUAUUGGAAAUGUAUGAACAUUUUCAUUGAUUUUUUUUAAAGAAGAGUGCAAUGAUCUUGAUAAAUUUUAGGAAGAUGA